CACCGCGAGUGCCUGGAGGACUGCGGGUUCAACGUGACAGCCAAGUCCUUCUUCGUCAUUCACGGCUGGACGAUGAGCGGCAUGUUCGAAACCUGGCUGAACAGCUUGGUGUCCGCUCUUCAGGAGCGGGAGAAGGAUGCUAACGUGGUCGUGGUGGAUUGGCUCCCGCUUGCCCACCAGCUCUACACCGAUGCCGUGAACAACACGCAGAUUGUUGGGAAAAGCAUAGCGAGGCUGCUGGACUGGUUGCAGNNNAACCCGCUCUUCAAGCUUGAGAAUGUCCACCUGAUUGGGUACAGCCUGGGCGCCCACGUUGCGGGAUUUGCUGGUAACCACGUCCAUGGGACAAUAGGCAGAAUUACAGGCUUGGAUCCAGCUGGCCCUAUGUUUGAAGGAGUGGACCCCAGCAAGCGCCUCUCCCCUGACGAUGCCAGCUUUGUGGACGUCCUGCACACCUACACAAGGGAAACGCUAGGUGUUAGCAUUGGGAUCCAGAUGCCUGUAGGCCAUGUUGACAUCUACCCCAAUGGGGGAGACUUCCAGCCUGGCUGUGGUUUGAGUGAUGUCUUGGGAGCAAUUGCCUAUGGGACAAUUGGUGAAGUUGUUAAAUGUGAACACGAGCGGUCUGUGCACCUCUUCGUGGACUCUCUCGUGAACCAAGACAAGCAAAGCUUCGCGUUUCAAUGCACCGAUUCCAGUCGCUUCAAGAAGGGCAUCUGCCUGAGCUGCCGGAAGAACCGCUGCAACGGCAUUGGCUACAACGCCAGGAAAACACGGAACAAAAGAAACAGCAAGAUGUACUUAAAAACAAGAGCUGACAUGCCAUUCAAAGUCUACCAUUACCAGAUGAAAAUGCAUGUCUUCAGCUACAAGAGCUUGGGAGAGGCUGAUGCCACUUUCUCCGUCACCCUUCAUGGCACCAACGGAGACUCUGAACCUCUCUCUUUAGAAAUGCUUGAUCAAAUUGGCCUAAACGCUACUAACACUUUCCUGGUCUAUACUGAGGAGGACAUGGGUGAACUUUUAAAAAUAAAGCUCACCUGGGAGGGACCAUCUCAGUCAUGGUAUGAUCUAUGGAAAGAGCUGAAGAGCUACUGGUAUCGGCCUGUGAAGUCUCCCCAGGAGCUGCAUAUCCGACGUAUACGUGUGAAAUCUGGGGAAACGCAACAGAGGUUUGCUUUCUGUGUGGAGGAUUUCCAGCUAACCAGUAUAUCUCCUGGUAAAGAGCUCUGGUUUGUGAAGUGCACGGAGGAAUGGCAAAAAAG